CCUGCCGAGGUAUAAAGCGCAGCCCUGGAGCCUCCCUCCUCUACCAGGCUCUGGUGGCAGCGAGCACAGCGAAGCGGCCAUGGACAGCAGCACCGUCUCUGCAUCGCUCAGCACCGGCCCCGUCCCAACACCCGAUGGCUCGGUGGUCGUCAACAAUCCAGCCGACAUCUCGGUCAUUGUCAUCUACUUCUUGUUGGUCCUGGCUGUGGGCAUCUGGGCGAUGGUGCAGAGUAAUCGAGGCACAGUUGGAGGCUUCUUCCUUGCGGGCAGGAGCAUGAGUUGGUGGCCGAUUGGGGCCUCUCUGUUUGCCAGCAACAUUGGCAGUGGGCACUUCGUGGGCCUGGCUGGGAACGGUGCCGCGGGAGGACUAGCCACCGGCGGCUUUGAAUGGAACGCAUUGGUCAUUGUCAUUGUCCUGGGAUGGCUAUUUGUGCCCAUCUACAUCAGAGCUGGUGUUGUGACAAUGCCGGAAUACCUGAAGAAACGAUUCGGAGGCAACCGGAUCAGGAUUUACCUGUCCGUCCUCUCCCUCUUCCUCUACAUAUUUACCAAGAUAUCGGCUGACAUGUUUUCAGGAGCCAUAUUUAUCCGCGAGGCACUGGGGUUGAAUAUAUAUGUCGCUGUGGUGAUACUGCUGUCCAUCACUGCCCUCUACACUGUGACAGGUGGCUUGGCGGCCGUGAUCUACACUGAUACGUUGCAGACCAUCAUCAUGGUCGUGGGCUCCUUCAUCCUCAUGGGAUAUGCCUUCAAUGCAGUUGGGGGCUACGAGGCCAUGAGGGAGAAGUACAUGAACGCCAUCACCACCCAGACCUUCGACCCCGUCCUGAACAUCAGCGCCAACUGUUACACCCCCCGGUCCGACUCCUUCCACUUGUUCCGGAAUCCCCUCACAGCGGAUUUACCCUGGCCUGGCCUGAUCUUUGGACUAAGCAUCUUGGCAAUCUGGUACUGGUGCACGGACCAGGUAAUCGUUCAACGCUGUCUCUCUGCAAAAAACAUGAGCCAUGUCAAGGCUGGCUGUGUCCUCUGUGGCUACCUCAAACUCCUGCCCAUGUACCUCAUGGUCUUCCCUGGAAUGAUCAGUCGGAUCCUAUACACAGAUACCAUAGCGUGUGUGGUCCCCAGCCUUUGCAAGCAGUACUGUGACACGGAGGUUGGAUGCAGCAACAUUGCCUACCCCACGCUGGUGGUGAGGCUGAUGCCAGCCGGCCUGCGUGGUUUGAUGCUGUCCGUGAUGCUGGCGUCCCUGAUGAGCUCGCUGACGUCCAUCUUUAACAGCGCCAGCACUCUCUUCACCAUGGACAUCUGGACCAAGAUCAGGCCCAAGGCCACGGAGAAAGAACUGAUGUUAGCAGGGAGGGUCUUCACCUUGGUCCUGAUUGCCAUCAGCAUAGCCUGGAUCCCCAUCGUCCAGACGGCGCAGAGUGGGAAGCUCUUUGACUAUAUCCAGUCCGUCACCAGCUACCUGGGGCCCCCUAUAGCCUCGGUUUUCUUGUUGGGCAUCUUUGUCAAGCGCACCAAUGAAAAAGGAGCAUUUUGGGGGCUGAUCUUUGGCCUGGCUAUGGGUUUAUCUCGGAUGAUCCCUGAGUUUGUCUUCGGCACAGGCAGCUGUGUGAGACCCAGCAACUGCCCGCUCAUCAUCUGUGGCAUCCACUACCUCUACUUCGCCAUCAUCCUCUUUGUUGCCACCUGCCUGUUGGUGCUCAUCAUUUCCUUGCUGACCAAGCCAAUCGAGGAUAAGCACCUCCACCGACUGUGUUGGACACUGCGCAACAGCACAGAAGAACGUGAAGACUUGGGCUUUGACGACUGGAAGAACGAAGAUACUGACAGCAAAACGGAUGUUGAUGAAGAUGAGCGCCAGGACUUACCGUGCUGGAAGAAAGGCUACAACUGGUUCUGUGGGUUCGGCCAGAAGGCCCAGAAGCUGAGCAAAGAAGAGGAGGAAAUUCUACAGAAGAAGCUGACCGACAUCUCAGAGGUGCCCCUCUGGAGGAAUGUGGUCAACAUUAAUGCCAUCAUCUUACUGUCUGUCUGUGUCUUUUUCUGGGCAUUUUAUGCAUAAACAGCAGAGGUUUUAACUCCUGGAGACAAGACGUUGCUUGUGCCCUCCCCUCUGAUGGAUGCACCGCAGACCGAUUCAAACACAACGCUCUACUUUGCUGCUUAAAAUACCAUCCCUUUGUUUCAAGGUCCCUGUAAUUUCCUUUUUCUUCCUCAAAAAUUGAAAUCAAACUGCUGGCAUUCCAAAAACUAAUCAUAGAUGAAGCCUCCUCCUCUGAGAACCAACGUACACCCACUACACUCAACUGCAGUUCGGAGGUCAUCACACAAAGUCAGUGCAAUCAUUGGGGUCCCAGCGUCCAGUCCCUGCAACUGAGACCCUCAAGAGAUAUUUUUUCAAUUAGAAUAAUUUAUUAUUUUUUU